GAAACUCGAGUCUGCGAAAGGAUAGACGAAGUUGACUGUUCAAAAUCUGAACGAUUUUAUAGUUUAAAUUUAGAAUUAUAUGGAAAUAGUCAACCCUCUAAUUUAGAAGAAAUUUCUGAGACUGAACAGCCCCUAAUAAUCAAAUCGACCCUACCGACAACGACAACGACGGAGUCAACUAGCAAAACCACCCGCACGAACUACUACACCACCGUCACCUCCCCGACUACCGGAGGGAGCACCCAGCAACUGUUAUCAGCCCACCACUUUCCCCUAAUCGAUACGAAUUCCCCGGAUAUACGUUUCAACCCGGAGGAGAUCAACAUCAGUUUGCACCCGGGAGCGCCGCCCGACAUAAGGACAAACCCGCAUUCGUUCUACAGUGACAAAAAAGUGACCAACAGUGAGAAAAAAGUGGGAGUGACUACGCACCGAUCGGUAGUGACUUCACAUCGUUCGGAAUACGGGGACGUAGAUCGCGAAGCGAACACUAAAAAAUCACUGUCGGGUUAUAACCAGGCAACGCCUGGAGAUAUAAAUUAUGGAUUCACAUUCAAGAAUGCGGAUUUAGAAGACUAUCGCACCGAAGAUGCGGAUGGAGAGGGCUACCAUUACCAAACCGAAUUCAGGCCUAGUCAAGAGUAUUCAGUUCCUCAUCACAACAUUCAACGUCAAUCUCCAAAUCAACCUCAGCAGUACACGUCGAGCACCUUCCGCAACGAAUACACGCCAACUACAUCGAAACUCCUUGACAACUAUCAGCCUCGAUCAUCGACGACAGCCAGGAAUUACUUCAUCCAGUCUCUGAAACCCCCUGCGCUGGACCAGCAGAGCCAAUACAGCCAUAUUCAGAGUGAGAAGCCGCCACAGAGAAUGCAGCUACCUCUACCUCUUUUGCCAACUCUGCCACCUCUGACAUUCAGUUCUCCAGCACCAUUUUCCCUACAGCAUCGUAUAGAGACAAAAAGAUACACGAAGGACCACUACCCUCCUCCGCGCAUUGUAAUCAGUGCAAGCGCAAGCGUCAGCGAUGCUAGCGGAAGAAGACUGAACUACUCACUUGGAACUAUAGGAACCGCUCCGCUUUUCAAAACGCCCCCUUCUUCCUACGAUGAAUACAAAGACGAAGACGUUCAAUUGGAUCCGUUCUAUCAUGACGUCCAGAAAGUGAAGCAUUCCAGAAAGAGAAGAAGCGUUACUAAAUCCCGGAGAAGAAGAAGUGAGAGGACUGAUUGGAAACAUUCCGAUAUAAUAAAGAACGAUGAUGAUGCUAUACAUGUUCUCAAGUUCAUUUUCGAUUGGUAUAAGAAUGAAAAAACCAACCCCGCGAGAACCACAACUCCAAUAAGUGCACCCCUGAAUAGACAAGGAAUCGUUUCCAUUAAUGAUGGGUUAUCCCCUGAUAGUCAAGAUGAUGAAAAUAGCAAAGGGAAUGAAAACAUUGAUUUCAAAUUGAAAUCAAGCGACGUUUUUAAUGAAAAAAGUAAAUAUAGUAUAGUGGGAAAUGGUGGUGUAUCUGUCAAUCAUCAGGAAGUGAAGAAAAUAAACAAUGUCAACGAGGAAUUUACGAUACAUCAGUCCGAUGACCCAGAAAAUGGAGACGAAAUUUUUCAACACGAGGAGGAUUAUAUCAAUGAUAAUUUUGAACCGGUUGCAUACAAUAAUAAAUAUGAAAAUGAAAAGGAAUAUUCGAAGUACUUCGGACAUGAUUUUAGUAAAGGUUUGCAAAAGAAGAACCAUAAACCCGAAUACUCCAAUGAAAAAGAAUCUUCGGUAAACUAUGGGCAUGACUUCAGUGAAGAAGAUAAAUUCGACAAAAAUUUUCAUCGACAUGAUUAUGAAAACGACAAAUAUUCCUCAGAUUACGAACGUGACUUCAAAGAAGAAAGGGAAAGAGAGGACAUUAAUGAUCAGUUGCCCCCCACAUUCAAGAGAGGAAAUGCAAACAACACACACUAUCAUUCAUUGCCGAAUGAUUAUGUAGAUGACAACAUAGAACCAAUAUAUUACAAAGAAAGGAACAAACCAAGUGAAAUCGAAAAAAGUUCUUCAGACGAAAUAGUAGAGGCAAAAGAGGAAAUCAAAACGGUAGAGUUCACCACAGAAAAACAAAAUGUAUCAGAAGUCAAUUCAUAUAAUGAAUUGACUUCAGGAGGAUCAUCUUCUAUAACUCUGAGCUUCACCGAGCAUCGUGAUCUAGAGAUAACAACUAUGGAGUAUCCCGAAGAACAAACAACUCCAGAGGAUUAUAAUAAUGUUAAUAUUUUGCAUACCGACAACGCAACUACGAGUGAAAUCCCAAGUCAAACCACUGAAGUCAUAAAUCUUCCUUCAACGAUAAGUUCAGAUGAAUUUGAAGUCACAUUUACUACGGAGGUUCCUACGACUACCACGAGAAGGGAAAGAAAUAAUCGGAGAAGAGGCAGAAGGAAAUAUCAGACUGCGGAAGGGAAAGAUAAAGAAACCGAUUUCAAAAAAGUACUUAUAGAGAAACUCAUAGAAAAGCCAUUUAGAGCUAAAGACGAUUAUGAUUAUUUACGAACUGUACAUCUGCAUACCACAACUACUGGGGAGGGACUAGAUGGAUCUAGCUUCACUGAAUCUCAGAAUGGAAAUAUAGCAAUAUCAUCAGGUAGCACUAACGAUGAACUGAUGAAGGAUAAAAUCAUAGAAUUGAUUCCUACAAUAACCGAACCUUUAGCAGAUACCAAAAGUUCCUCAAAAGAAAUAUUUGUGCCACAUACUGAAGAUAGUUACAACAAAGUAGAAAACGAAACAUCAAAUAUUUUCCUGACAUCCUCAUCAACUACAGAAACUAGCAUCAGUAAGAAGCGAAGAAGAGGCAAACAGAGAAACUAUAUAGAACCCACCAGAAAAAAAGCUAGUAGAAGGAGGAAGCCUAUGAAAUCAACGGAAACUAAAGAAUAUCAUCCUGGUUCCCAAAUUACUUAUUUAGGUAGUGUGGAGAUCAUUACGAACCCUUCUGAGAAUAAUGGAUCCAGUGGUGAUCUUCACAAAAAUCUACUGUCAAAAAAGAAUUACUCGACGUCUGGAACUUCUCAAGUACCUAUGCCAGUUGAAAGGAUGGAUACUGGUAUUCUUUCACAAAAUCAUGAACAUUUCAAACUGAACCAAUCAAAGGUAACUGAUUAUUUACCAAGUCAAGUUACUGAAUCUACUUUAGCAUCGUUCGAAAUCACCACUGAGCAACUAAAAACAACCAAACUAGGUAGAGGUAGAACUAGAACCACUGAAAAAGCAGCAAGUGGAAUUGUUAAUUCCAAAAAUCAAGAGACACCCAAAAUAUUAUCAAAUGAAUCAGACAAAGCUGACACUUUCAUUGAACCCUCUUCAGAAUCUAUUGAAAUAACCACUGAUCACUCAAUACAAUCUAGAAGGAGUAGAGGUAGACUGACUGAAAGAGUGGGAAGUGAAAAUCCCAUAUCUGCAAAGAAUAAUGGGCAGGUAGAAAUAUUAUCUUUCAAUAAAUCAGAAGAAGAUGACUACUUUACCAGUGAAAUUACUGAAAGUUCUUUAGCAUCGAUUGAAACCACCACGAAUCAAUUAGAAACAACUGGAAAGGAAAAUACUGAAAAAGCUGAAAUUGAAAAUGAUGUAUUUUCACAGAAACAAAGUGCCACUGAUUCAUCUCAAUAUUAUUCAAACCAAGCUCAAUACAUAUCAAAUGAAAUUACUGAGUCAUAUUUGGAACCAUCUGAAACUACCAUCAAUCUAGAAACAACCAGAAAGGGUCGAAAAUUGACAACUGAAAAAGCAAAAUAUGAGAAAAGCAUAGCUUCACAGAACCAUUUUCAAAUCAAUUCAGAAAAUACUGAACACAUAACUGAUGAAGUAACUGAGCCAUAUUGGGAAUCAAUUGAAACUGUCACUAAUCAUCCAAAAACAACUAGAAGGAGUAGAGUUAAAACCACCGAAAGAUCAGAAAGUGGAAAUGGAAUAUCUUCACAAAACCACAGACUAACUUUUUCUAGAAACAAUUCAGAUCAGGCUGAACACAUGACCAGUCAAAUUACAGAACCAUAUUUGGAAUCGAUUGCCACCACCACGGAUCAACUUAAAACAACUAGGAGUAGAAAUAGAAAUACUUUGAAAACAGAUAAUAAAAAUGAUAUAUCUCCACAGAAUCAUGGACAAGCAGAAAUACUGGCACAGAAUAAGUUGAAUGGUAAUAAAUAUUCGACUUCGAAAUUCACUGAUCUCCAUUCGAAAUCAUUAGAAACCAGCACUGAUCGGAUUAAAACUACUAACAGGAGUAGAGGUAGAGCCAAGUUUCAUUCCCCAGUAUUAGAUCUAGACCAUCAAUCUACUGUUAUUGACAUUUCUCGAACAACUCCUUUAUCUAUCAUCGAUCAAAUUGAUGUGAUAACUACUUCGGACUCUCCGGCAACUGAAUCAUUGAGUGAUAACUCUGUAGAAAUGGAAGAAAGUCCUACAUCUACUAGUGUUUAUGGUAAUGAACCUGUUUUACUUUCUGAAAGAAUAGAAGAUAUUUAUGCUACAUCGUUUGUACCUACCACAGAGUCCAUUCAUAUUACUAAGAAGAAGCAACUGAAAGACAAUCUUUUGAAUUCGGAACUGACUAUCACCACUGAGUCGAAUUUGGAUGUGAAUACAAUCAGAGUUACUGAUGUUACUGAAGAAUUCAGGGAAGAAACCACUCUUCCUGCGAGCCUUGCCACAACUGAGAAAUAUUAUGAAGAAUUGGUUGAAGAGAUAGAAAGUACUACUGGUAGCUACUUCAGUCAUUUAUCCACUACGAAUAAUGUGAAUGAAAAAUCACCUUCCACCAGAAGUAGUUCAAAAGAAAUUAUCGAAGAGACUAGUCUCAUUCGAAAUGAGUCAAUACCUACAAUAUCAAAGGCCAUGAAUCUGCUGAGUAUAGUAGUUGAAGAAAAGUUGGAAAACAGUUCUCCAGAAGAAACUAGCACCGAGAUAGAUUUCACAACCAGUACAUCUCAUAAAAUACAGGAGACCUCUGAAAUUGUCACUCAUACCACAGUGAAAGUUAAUGUAAGUAGUUCUCCUGAAAGCUCUACAGAGAUUGUAUAUACAGUUACAGAAGAUAAAGCGAAUUUGAAAGAGAAUACAACGGAAACUUUCAUUCCAACCACUGAAAUAUCUGAAACGUCUAUGAUUACUGAAACCAAAUUUCCAGAGAUAUCCACCGCUAUAUCAGCGGUUGAACCAACAACACUACAUGAAGAGUAUAGUCAGAUACAAACUACUCUAGAGCAAACCACACUUGCCCCUGUCACUACAAAGCAAACUACCACUUUGCGGACCUAUCCUAGCAGACCAAAUAGAAAAGGUCAUAGUUACCAGAGACCUAGACACCGGUUCAGUAGUGACCAUUCAAUAAGAAAACAAGUACCUCGAAAACCGAUAAUCAAAGAUAAACACAUAGAGUCCUUGUCUAGGCAGAGUAAAAAAAUGGCUACAAGUCUGAGGGGUACUAAGGGUGAUUUGUUAACUGAGUAUCCAUUGAUGAGAAGUGUUCAUCCGACUCAAGCGGAAAGAACUAUAGUUACUACUCCAUUUUCUCGAAAAACGACAAUUAGGAAGUACUUCUUUUUCAACUGUUUUGGAAAAGAGUUGGAAAAGUUCUAUCCUGAUUCAAGAGACUGUAGGCUGUUCCAUUAUUGUACGAAAGGUUACAAUAAGAAUCAGUUAAUUGACAUGAAAUUCGUUUGUGAUUUAAACACGUUCUUCGACGAUGAAAAGUUAAUUUGUACAAAGGAAAAACCGAAACGUUGUUUGUAAAUAUUUUUCUAAUAAAAUUGAUUUUCGAUAGAGAAUGAAUUUGAACUUUGUAAUGGUUUUGUAUAAUUUUAAACGAGCUCGAAAGGUGUUUUUGUAAUUAUUGAAUAUACAACUUGUUAUAAAUUACUCAUAAAUUAAUAUAUUAAGUUGAAUAAAGUAUGUAAAACACUGA